AUGAAAUAUAGCACCUACAAAAAAGAAUUGACUAAAACAGGUGGUGAAGCAAGACCUGCAACUCCUAAUGAUGGAGUAAUAGAAAUCAAAGAUUUGUUCAAUCCUGCAGAGGUAUUGAGGGAUCAUAAUAUACAUGAUUCAGAUUGGAUUAACCAUGAUGACUAUAUAAACAACAUGAUAAGCCAUAGCAAAAUUUUGAAAGAGGAAGCACAAAGAGACGUUUAG